AUGGUAAUAACAACAACAACAACAACUAUCGACGAUGUAGAUUUGCCGGGAUCUGCCACCGAAGAGAACUCCAAAUCGGACUCGGCGACAACUCAGCACGAAGAGGAUCUGAAGAGGCUGCCACCGUGGACCAAGCAGAUCACGGCACGUGGAGUCUUCGCCAGCUUGGCUAUCGGGAUUGUUUACAGCAUAGUCGUGACCAAGCUGAACCUCACGACUGGGCUCGUCCCCAACCUCAACGUGUCGGCCGCCUUGCUGGCUUUCGUGUUCGUGCGGACGUGGACAAAACUGCUCGAGAAGGCCGGUUUUGUCACGAUGCCGUUUACGAGGCAGGAGAAUACGAUUAUUCAGACAGCUGCCGUUGCUUGCUACAGCAUUGCUGUCGGAGGUGGCUUUGGUUCCUACCUUUUGGCACUGGAUAGGAAUACAUAUGAGAAAGCAGGGUUUGAUGCAGAAGGGAAUUCACCCAAGGGCUAUAAGGUUCUAAAGCCCGAUUGGAUGAUCGGUUUUUGUUUUGUCGUUAGCUUUGUCGGCUUGUUAGCUUUGGUUCCUUUAAGGAAGAUAAUGAUCAUAGACUACAAAUUGCCUUACCCGAGUGGAACCGCGACUGCUGUACUCAUCAAUGGAUUUCACACUGCUAAAGGAGACAAGAUGGCCAAAAAACAGGUCCAUGGAUUCAUGAAAUUCUUCUCACUCAGCUUCGUGUGGAGCUUCUUUCAGUGGUUCUAUUCGGGUGGCAAACAAUGUGGGUUUAUGAAUUUCCCCACUUUCGGGCUGAAAGCUUGGAGACAAACAUUUUACUUUGAUUUCAGUAUGACUUAUGUGGGAGCUGGCAUGAUUUGCUCCCACAUUGUGAACCUGUCUCUGCUUCUGGGAGCCGUUCUUUCUUACGGCAUAAUGUGGCCGUUGAUUAGUGAAAAGAAAGGAGUUUGGUUCCCGCAGGAUAUCAAGGAAAGCAGCAUGAAGAGUUUGAGUGGCUACAAAGUUUUUAUUGCAGUAGCUCUUAUUCUAGGAGAUGGACUGUACAAUUUUGUCAAGACCAUGCUAGUUACCUUUAGAAGCAUGCAUUUCUCCUUAAUAAAGAAGAGGAAUCUUGUAGCAGCAGUCAACAACAGCAACAACACCACCAACAAACCAAACCAUCACGACCAUGACGCCCGGUUGAACGAGGUCUUCCUCCGGGACGGCAUCCCCCUAUGGGUUGCCCUAUCCGGCUAUGCCCUACUCUCAGUCGUCUCCACCCUCGUGGUCCCUGCCAUGUUCCCCCAGCUCCGUUGGCCCUACGUCCUUGCGGCCUACGCUCUGGCCCCGGCCCUCGGCUUCUGCAACGCCUACGCCUCGGGCCUCACCGACAUGAACAUGGCCAACAACUACGGCAAGGUGGCCCUCUUCGUGCUCGCCGCCCUCACAGGCCCUGCCGACGGGGUCGUCGUAGGCCUCGUCGGCUGCGGUCUCGUCAAGUCCAUUGCCCUGGCCUCCGCCGACCUCGUCCAGGACCUCAAGACCGCCCACCUCACCCUCGCCUCCCCGCGGGCCAUGUUGGCAGGGCAGGCAGUGGGGACUGCAGUCGGCUGUGUCGUGGGCCCGCUCGCCUUUUUCCUAUUCUACAAAACCUUCGAGAUCGGGGACCCGAACGGGGCCUACAAGGCCCCAUACGCGGCCGCGUACCGGAGCAUGGCGGCACUCGGGGCCGAGGGGUUCUCUGCAUUGCCCGACCACUGCCUGCACAUGUGUAUCGGGUCCUUCGUGUUGGCGGUGUCGGUCAACCUGCUAAGGGACGCGGUCCCCGGGAGGGUCGGGAGGUGGGUCCCGCUGCCGAUGGCGAUGGCAGUGCCCUUUUUGGUGGGGGGUUAUUUUGCGGUGGACAUGUUCGUGGGAAGUUUGGUGGUGUUGGUGUGGGGGAGGAGGGUCGGGAGAGAGGACGCGGAGCCGAUGGUGCCAGCGGUGGCUUCGGGCCUAAUAUGUGGGGACGGGCUUUGGGUGUUGCCGUCGUGCGUGUUAGCUAUGGUUGGGGUUAGUCCGCCCAUCUGCAUGAGCUUCUUGCCCGGGAAGGGCUCGGAUGGCAAUGGGGACCCGAUCCCCGAUUACCCGUGGGGAAAUCCUCUAUUAGGGGAUGGGGAUGGGAUGAAAUCUUCCCCCAUGGGGGUGCUAAUGGGGAGAAAAUCAUCCCCGACGGGUAAACGGGUAUGGGGAUGGGGAACCAAUCCCCGUUCUCGUUUACCCGCGGAAACCCGUUAA